UAUAAAUUUGUUUCCUCAGGCUUAUUUGUCGUCCAGAAAAGAGAAAAAAAGAAAGAAUAGCGUCAAGUUUUCGCCUGAUAAUUUUCACUUGUUCGACUUCUACAUUUCAAAAUGCCUCGACGCAGCUCCGGAGGAAGAUCUGCUCCUCGCCCUCGUCCCGCAGCUGCGCGUAGCCCUCCUCCCCAAACUGUUAAUCGUGCUCCUCCUCCAGCAACAGCUCAGCCUAACGGUGGUGGUUCUGUCUUUGGGAGUAUUGGCUCAACCAUAGCUGAUGGUAUGGCUUGGGGCACUGGAAACGCAGUUGCACACAGGGUAAUGGAUUCUGUGAUGGGCCCAAGAACCUUUAAGCACGAAACCGUUGUUUCUCAGGCCGCCCCUGCUUCUUCCCCUGUUCCAAACAGCACUGACUCUGGUUCUUGCGACACUCACUCCAAGGCUUUCCAAGAUUGUGUUAACAAUUUUGGAAGCGACAUCAGUAAGUGCCAGUUCUACAUGGACAUGUUGUCUGAGUGCAGGAAGAAUGCUGCUGGUUCCAUGAUGGCUGCUUAAGUGUGAUCUCGCGUCUACUAUUUGGAAAAAACCUGCGUGAAAUUAGGGAAAUUUGUAAUAAAGAGUCUAUUUGGUAUUUAGAUAAAAGCUUAGGUCUACUUGCUGUUUGUUUUUAUGUCUCUGCUAAAGAAAAUCAAACAACGAAUUCUCGCCAUGAUGUUUGUAGCCUCGGAGAUGUUAAGAGUUAUUAAUCAUUUUUACUGCUUUUAUAAAAAAAAAAAAUCAAACUAUGGCAGAGUUAAAACAAACCCAACAAAAUAUUAACGAUCUAACGUCGCAAACAUAACAACAAUCAAUUUUACAAUUUUUAAAUGGGUUUUGUAUUCUUAGACCAAAAGAAAAUGAAGAAAAGAAAGAAAGUUCAAAAUCAAAGUAAAUGCUAGAGAGCAUUUGGCAUCAUUCUCGAAUAUUGUUUGGAGAUUGUGUUGGUUGUUCUUAAAUCUAGAUUCUCUGAAUCUUCAGCUUAAAGCAUCAGGUGUUGAAUGCAAUUAGCCGAUCUUUUCUCAACUUCUAGUCUUUUGAGCAUCUUUUAACCUUUUGGCAGAGUUAAAAUUCUCCUCGUUCAUAUUGUGAAUGGGCAUAAUAAACAUCGAAUUCUUUUUUUUCAACGUAGGUCACAAAACAAAUAAACCUAUAUGUUCAUAAAAAAAAUUGUGAAUUGACG